CUGUUAGUCGCCUUAAACAUGUGUUAUCCUCAGAAAAUCACCAUUCUUAGAGGAAACCAUGAAAUUUGUCAGGUAAAUUUCUUUAUCAUCUGAUUGCUCUGUUUCCACUUCAACAUUCACCUUCUGAGGUUAAGUACUAUACAACAUCGUCUCUCCUGGCCAUUUUCCAUUGUUUAGAUCUUGGUUCAUUGGUUGGCACAAGUUUUUUCUUAACAAAUUUUGUUCUUUGCUACAACAUACAUUUUUUUGCGCAUUUGGUUAGUACUUUCUGUUAUCUUACUUUAUAUCUGAUGCAUACUUUCCUUCUUUUUAUUUUGUCUGGCAGAUCACUCAGGUCUAUGGAUUUUACGAUGAAUGUCUGCGAAAGUGAAUCUUCUGAAAAAGAUCCUUAUCUUGUAGAUACUGGUAACUUCGUGCAAGUAAUUUGUAUCAUCAUUAGAAUUACUCGUCCUUAUUUUUGCGGUUGCUACAUGUGUGCGGGUGUGGUAAAAUGUUAAAAUUGUCUUAUAUUUUCCUUUCCUUGCUGUGCCUAUUAAUCCUUUAAGCGUAUGAUUAGCUGCUUGUAGCAUUGUUCUUAUAUUUUAUUAUCUGACACAUCUGAGUUUGAAGCUUAUUAACCUCUACAUAGAUAUGCAUUUAAUUAUUCAACUCAUCCGUUAUCUGUUCCUUACGAGGGUUAAGAUUACUUUCUCACUAUUAUACUUUAUAUAGGAGCAAAAAGUGGUGACUAUUUUCAGUGCACCAAACUAUUGUUACCGUUGUGGGAACAUGGCUUCGAUUCUUGAGGUUGAUGACUGCAGGAACCACACCUUCAUUUAGAUCCUUCCUUAAAGCUUGUAUGCCUUCUCUGACAACGAAAUUAGUGUAGAGAAAAAAAAUUAACUAAAGUAAAAAACUGUGAGUGCAGUUUGAACCAGUGUUAACUGCAGAUCCACUUGCUAUUACGUUGAAAGUUCUCUGGAUGUUUCUUUAAUUGGGCUGAUUAAUAUGUAAAUCUAGUGAGCUUCUUCUCUAUGUUGUAAAUUCUGAAACCAAAUGUAUCAAUGUCCAUUGGCCUUAAUCAAUGAUACCUGAGUUGACCAAAAAAUGUUUACGAAUAAAAAAAAAUCGUUUUGAAUAUACUCUGCGGCGAUGUUUCCGAAUAUACCGAUUUCAAGAGCACUAAAGGUUACUAAAUUAGUAAAUUUGAUCUAUAAAUGGAACAGUAAUCAUUAAUUAAAUGAUGGAGAAUUUUAGAGAAAGUAGUUAGAAUCACUAUACCCUUUCGGUAUUUUCUUUCAUGUUUCUUAAUUCUUCAAUUUUUUUUGUUUAAUCUUCGGAGUAUUCUAUAUUCAUGCAGAGAUUCGGGCUAAUUUACAAAAGGAUAGUGCAGUAUCCUAAUAAAGUCACACUCUAAAUAUUUAAAUGAGACCUAAAACAUUACUUUAUAUUUUUGUGACUACACAUAUUUAAUAUCGUUGUUACUUCAAACCGGAAAAAUGUAAUUCGCCUACCAGUAUACCACUUCCGUGUGAUUCUAACUUACAUAUAUAUAGUCUAGACAAAUCAUAUUAUUAAGGAUGAAUUAUCUAGCGCUUGUAUUAGGAUUAUAUGAUUUUAAUCAAUACACUCAUUUAUUAUAUAUAUAAAAUUUGACUAGUACGAAACAUGUUAAAAGAUAUUUUGCUCUGUUUUUAUUUUAAUUUGUUAAAAUAGGUUUAGACACCAAAUAAAAAAUCAUAUUUUUUGAAUCUUUUAUUAUUAUAUAGUUAUAUGAAAUUCUAAUUGAUAAUAUAAUACUAAAUCACAAAUAAAAUUUUAUGUGAACAUAUGUUAUUCUGUUAAACAAAAAUACCAUAAAUCAACAUUGUAUAUAUUUCAAAUUAACUUUUUCGCUUUAUUUCCUAAUUAUAAAACUGAAAUAUAAAUUUAUACACAUGUAAUAAAAUUAAAAAUGAAAUUUUUCUAAAUUACUUUCAUCAAAAUUUUAAAUAUUUAAAAUUAAAAAUUAAUAGAAUAUUGAAUAUAGAUUUUUUUUUAAAAUUAAACUUGACUAAAUUGAAAUUAAAUUAUUUAAAACUAAAAAUACGUAAAUUCUUGAUAUAAUUAUAAUUUUUAUUAAAUAAAAGUUUGUAAACAGAAAUAGUUCCACCUUUGAAAUCACUGAUCAAGAUCAAGUAUUAUUUAGAUGAUAAAAGUCAAAUGUGGAAGACACAUAAGUAGUAGGCGUCACAUGUACAGAUAACGCUCACGUGGAAUAAUUGUUGAACCACGUAAGAGUGGUGAUAGCAUUCCGUAAUUUUCAUUAUUAAAAAGGUAAAAAAUCUAAUUCAUAUCUCCAUAGUCAACAGUCAAUGGUGUAAAAGUAAAGACAUUCUUUUAUAAGAAACAUGUGUCAGUACAUGAGUAGUUUAUUAUCUUUAUUAAAUACCAUACAAAUGAGGCUAAGGUUGUCUUUCUUUGAUAGGGUCUUAAAACAAAAAAGCUCUAUUUGCCUCAUUUCGCCGUUACGAACCAAAACUUUUUCUUCUCUCUCUUUGUAUUCUUUUUCUUUUUGUUUUCUAUAACAGUCAGUCUUAGUUUUCUCCUUCGAGAUAAUAUGAUAAGGGUCACCGUCUUGCUCGGAUUCGCUUGGUGCAGGUCGGGAACCAAUUGUCUAACACAUCCACGAAGUUUUACUUGCUGGUUUGUGAGCAGGGAUUGGAUCCCGCCUUGCAUCAAUUGAAUCGGAGCCCUGAUCGUGAAAUGAACAAAAACCAAGAAUUCAAUCAGAUCUCGGACGUAUAUAUGCACUCGUUUCUCCUUCCGCUUCUCCUCCAUAUUCUUUUUUUUUUCUUAUUAUUUUGAUAUUUAAUUUUGUUUUCUUUGAAUCUUAACUCUUUUUGUUUGCAAAAUUUCCUUUGAUUUAACUCUAAAAGGGUCUUUGAUUUUGUUUGGUUUAAGCUAUAAGGUUUCCCAAAAUCAAGAUGCUUUUUUCCGAAAUCAAGAUGCUGAUAUCACCGUUGUACACUAGAGAUUGUUGGUGUAAUUACCUCUCGAUUCAAUUAUUACAUGCCCGAUAGAGAUAAAGAUAAAGAGAUUUGUUCUUGAGAAUGUCUAGGGUUCAUAAUUUGGUUUUAGUUUGAAUAGGGUGCGACGAUAAAGAUUCAAGGUGACAUGUUUAAUUCGUAAAAGCUAAAUAGUUAAAGUUAAUUUACUAAAUUAUGUUGGGUUUUGUUGAGAUAAAUCUUUUGGCGACUUUGUUCCUUAACACCUGAGAAGUGAAGAAGCACCGUUACAAACACAUUUAUUUUUGUUAUAUACGCUGUGUAUUGAUUAUUGAGGAAAUUGAUUUGAUAAUCCACGUAUAUCCAUAAAUAUUAAAUAUAUGAGAAGCGACGAAGUGAGUUUUUAUUGCAGACAUAUGUAACGAAGAACAAUUUAUUUUGGAUUUAUGUAUAAUUUUAAAAUUUAAAGUUGUGAUUUUUUUUUAUUGUUGCUAGAGUUGUAAAUUUAAGCUGAAGUAACAUAAUCAAUACAAUUAUUACCGUUCGUGCGGAAUAAAAGCAGUUAGUAAAUCAUGUUAGUGGAAAACAAACUCAACUUAGAUUUGUUCCUUUUGAUUUUUUUAACAGACAUUCUCAACUUAGAUUUGUUCUAGGAUUUAGAUUUCCUUAAAUACCAUUAUAGCCUUAAAUUAACCUAAUUAAUCUUAAUAUUUUGUAAUUUAUUUAAGUUUUCAUAAAAAAAAGAAAAAAUAAUCAGAAGUAAAAAACAAAAGAGAAAUCAUGAAAGAGGUAAAACAAAGUGGCGUUUUUUACCCUAAUUUCUGGUUUCACUUUAAUCCUUAUCUCCACCAAACCUUCAACCAAUAUCAAUGGCAAUUUAGGGUGAGUGGAGAAUCCUUGUUUCUUCAUCCGAAAUUAUAGAUGUGUUCGACUCUACUUGUUUUCUUUCUUUUUUUUUUGCCCUGAUACCAACUACUUGUUUAUGGGAGAUUACGUUUAUCGUGGUUAUUAUUCUCUUGAAACUGUUACGCUGUUAGUCGCCUUAAAGAUGUGUUAUCCUCAGAAAAUCACCAUUCUUAGAGGAAACCAUGAAAUUUGUCAGGAACGUAUAGAUGUUAAGGCUUUCUGCUCAGACGCCUCAUACUACAAGCUCUCAGCAGUGUUAAAUAUGACGUCGGACAGAACAAAGGUUAUUCAUCUCCAGCCAAACACUUUAUUCAUCAACAGGGUGGGUGUCAGCAUCUGUCUUCAGCAGUGCGAUUGUCAGACAGAAGAAUGGAUCAAUCCUUCUGAUCCUCCAAAGCUCUUUAGAUGGCAGUCUUCCACCAGGACUGAGUUGCUAAAAUUACGAGUGCAGGGAUAUGGAUGGAGCACACCAUUCAGUGUCUGUAGCGAAGGUGCAGUGCGUGUCCCUAUUGGAAGAGAAGAUGGGACUGAUCAAUUGCUGCUAAGAGUACAAGUCAGAAGCGGGACAAAGAACUCACGUUACGAAGUUAUUUUCAGGCCGAACUCUGUGUCCGGUCCUUACAGGAUCGAGAACCGUUCCAUGUUUCUUCCUAUUCGCUAUCGCCAAGUGGAUGGUGUCAGCGAGUCCUGGCAGUUUCUUCUUCCUAACGCGGCUGCUUCGUUUUAUUGGGAAAAUCUUGGUAGACGUCAUCUAUUUGAACUCCUUGUUGAUGGAAACGAUCCUUCUAAAUCAGAAAAAUACGAUAUUGAUCAAAUUGGUGAUCAUCCGCCACGAAGUGAGACUGGACCUACCAGAUCCAUACGAGUUACUAUUGUAAAGGAAGACAAAAGGAACGUUGUGAGAAUUAGUGACUGGAUGCCUGCAAUUGAGCCUACUUCCAGCAUAAACAGAAGACUUCCAUCAUCAUCUUUGUCGGAGUUAUCUGUAAAUGAGUCUCAGCAAUCUCAUCUUCUGGCCUCGGAAGAGUCCGAGUUUCAUGUGGUUGUUGAGCUCGCUGAGCUCGGAAUCUCCGUAAUCGAUCAUGCUCCAGAGGAAAUACUGUACAUCUCGGUGGUCGAAUUCCACAAUGGCGAUGAGGUCCACACAAAUCUGGUGUAUGAAAAGCUUGACAAACACUGCACAAAAUGUCUAAAAUUUGAUCAUGAACUUAAGGAAUGUCUGGUAGCUAGAGCUGAAGCUUGCGCCCUGAAGGCAGCAGACGAAGGUAACACCUCAGGACAUCCAGUGGGCACCACCAAAGACAAAAACUCUGCUUCAAGCCAUGACCCUGAUAUCCUCCGAGCUAGGGAUCAGCCCCUCAAUCCUCCUUUCCAGUUCUCAGCUUCAAUCCGCAACAACGAGAAAGGAAAAAGCUACACUAACGAACGUAGAUAAGCUUCACACCGCAGAAACUACAAAGCUCAGACUAACUCGUGGCAGGAGAGAAGUGGCCAUCGUCGUUCCUACCUAGCUAGUGAACGCUCAGGACAUGGGUCUGAACGGGCACCCCGAGACAGAGAAUAUUACAGGCACCGCCAGCUCCCAGCUCCCCCAAGUCGCAGCUUCUACCGAGAGGUCCCGAAACAACCUCCAAUGUUAAAAGAUAUAGACUCUAGUGCUUCAAAGAGC